UCCUCCGUCAAGUUGUUUGACAGCUAUACUUCCUCAUUAUAGUUUGACUAGAAAUCGGCAGUGUAUCGGUCGGUGGAACAGUCAUGAAGGACGGUAUGAGAACAGCAGAACAUGUGGAGGUUUCCCGUCAGGAGGUUUAUGAGGAUUAUGUGAACUAUUACCUUCAGCAGUGUACAGAUGAUCGGCUAUGCCGCGAUGAAGACCUGCUGAAGAAGGUGGCUCGGUAUCUGCUGAGGGAACCAGAACCCAGAGGAACUUUCACAGUGUUCCCAUUUGACCAGGCUCUAAUUGAGUAUUGUGGUGCCCUGAGCCCAGACUGCAGGAAACUGUCGGCUUUCAUCAAAGCCGUGGAAAUAUUGGAAACGAUCUGCGUCAAUCUAUUCCUUCAACCCUGGAAGAAGGAAAUCAAGACACUUAAGACUUUUACAGGUCCAUUUGUGUACUGUUUGCUGCCUGUUUUCAAUCGUUCUACCAUCCAGUCAGUCCUGGCCUCUAUUGGCUACCUGCCCCAUACUGAAACUCCCCAAAGUGAGUACAGACUCAGUGAGGAUGCUAACCCGGACAGAGCCAUGCUGGUGGGCUUUGAGCUACUUGUGGCCAGGGUGGAAUGUUACCACCUCCAGGAGCUCCUUGACAAGGAGCAGCUGGCACCACAGGAGUGGCUAAAGGUUCUCCAGAGGAGAGGACGACCUAUGAAACUGGAAGAGCCCACAGAAAAGAAGACAUCAAUAGGGCAAAAGGAAGAAGAGGAGAAGAAGAAAGAAGAGGCAGAGGGUAAAAAGGAACCCCCAUAUUUGGACAGCAGGUUUACGGUGAACCCCCAGCCCAAGCCUCAACACUGCCCCCUCACUGAAGACCAGUCCAUUAUGGAGAUGCAGAACACCUACCCUGACCUGGCCUUCAGGGGCCGCCCUCUGCUGCCGAGCAAACCUCACCGAGCACACGCCUGCAGGAGCAGCUGUAAAGCAAUUCAAACUGCCAGCACUAACAAUUACAGCAAUGACAUUAAAGCUGCUGAGCUCCCCACGAGAGAUUGUAAUGUUGCUGUUACUACGAGUAUCCGUAGUAAAACUGAUGCCGGCAAAGCUGCUGAAGUGUUUGGUGAUGAUAGCAGAAGCCCUGGCUUUGCUGACACUGACAGAAGUAGAGUUGAUGAUAAGCUCAGUCAUGCUCUGCCCGCCUCCCUGCACAUCACACUGAAAGCUGGAUCCACAGCAGGACAGAGGCUGAAGCCUGGAGAGCCUCAGCCCACAGCAGAGCCUCUUACCUGGGCACAACCACAGACUGCAGCAGACAAACAAAAUAAAAGGCCGGACAGCCCGGGGCUUUCCUCGCUGACCGAGGACCAGCAACUCAGAGAGCUGGCAGAGAGCAUGGGCCAUCUCCAUGUGCAUGAGACCAAAGAGGAAUGGAGGGGGAAAGGAGAACACAAAAGAGGACAGGAGAACACAAAUAAAGAGAGGAGGAGGAAGGAAAGAAAGACAAGCACAGAAAGAGAGGCAGAGGAGCAGAACCUCAGGAGACCAGUGAUGGAGACGGGUCCAGUACUGAGCCACGCUAGGUGCAGCAGACCCUCUCAGUGUGACCCCGCUGUGAUGAGAGAGCAGAAGCAGCCCACCGUGUCCCCCCUCCCUGCUGAGGGCAGACUGUCAGAGGUGUAAAGGAGGCGGCGCUGGGCAGCAGGAAGGAGAACAUACUGAAGCGGGCUGAGGAGGGGAGGAGCAGCCGGCACACAGCUAUGUUAUAGUUGAGCAUCACAGGAAACAAAAUGGAGGUUCAUUUACAUGUAUGGAAAUGAUGAGUAACAAAACUACUGAGCGAACCCAUACGAGCACAACCAAUACAAGCAAGGUGAAUCAUCAUUUUAAUCAAUAUUUAGCAGUAAGCAAGUAGAGAUUUUGUUUUAAAACAAAUUGCUUCGGCUGCUGCUGCUUGGCUGGAGGAUGUAACGUUUGUUUUUUUUUCUAAAUCAAGAAAAGAUUAAAUAAAUACUGAAAAGGAUUGCAAAAAGGAAAAAGGACUUGGAAUGGGAUCCUUUCUUGUCUUACGUAGUUAGGGUCCUGUGGAUCAAGACAUUUGAUUGUAGUUGUGGAUUUUCUUUAUGCUUGUUACAUUGUAAAUAAGUGUUUGUAUUUGUGAAAUGUAAUAUUGUGGACACGUCACACGUCACCUAUUUUUUUUUCUAUUUUAUUUUUUUAUUUUAUUUCUAAAACUAAACUGUUCAUUCAGCCAGUUUUGGUAACACUUUCUGGGAAGACACACCUCAACAAUCAACUGUAGUAAGGACUCAUAGUGUGUUAUAAUAGUCCAUGCAGUAUCAAGGUGUCAUUGUAAGUAAAGUGAAGUACAUACUGAUGCAACUAUACCAAUGCAUGCUUCAUCGUAACUUUUCUUUGUUGGUGGUCAGUAAAGUGUAAUGUGUAUUAAUUUGAAAUAAUCUACACUGCAUCAUAAGAGAGUGCUAUGAUACUGCAUUGACUGUUACGGCAUACUGCGAGCAUACCGCAGUUAACUGUUGUGUGUGUAUAUGUCUAUAUGGGCACUCAUAAGGUAUUAGGAGUCACAUCUGUAAUGUUUUUUGAGUGUUGAUUUAGUGCAUCAGAAAUCAUUGUAUGUGUUUAUGAAUGUAGUCAUAAAGCAUUAUGAAUACAUUAUAAUGCACCAUGAAUGCCCCACAUCUAUGGACAUUAUGCACUAUAGAUGUGGUCUUCAUAGAAAAUGUUACCUCACAUGGUAAACAAUUGUUGUGCCUGCCCAACACUUUCUUUACAAUGCCUAAACCAUACGGCUUUGGUAUGUUAGGCUUUAUUCAGUCUGCAGGUAGAAGUGGUCCAAAUAUUUUAUUUUAUUUAUUUAUUCUUUUUUUUUUUGCUGAUAUGUGAUUUGGUCUUUCAUGACAGCGUGAACAGCAUGAAACACUUGAGAUCUGAUCUUUUUUCAUUGUUAUAUGGGCCACUUUCAUCAGAAUUCAUGUGGUUUUUCUCCCACGGCUCAUGCUAACAUCACUGUUAUAUCAGUAUUCAUCAGCUGUCGGCAGUGGUAGACAAGGCCGAAUAUGGAGGAUCGCAGCAGCAGCAGCGACUGGGAGACAGGAGCUUGUAAAUUUAAUAGAUAUAUGUGAAGGUGCCCGUUUGCUGAAUAUGAACAAGAAA